GUUACAGAAUAGUGAAGAACAAGAAGCUGUUCGUCGGCACACAGACGCCCGUCGGUCAAGCCGUGUCGGCUGCCAAAUACGUGCCACCGAUAGCUGGUACGGCCGUCUCGGUGUCACCGUACCGGUCGGCCACGGCCACUAUUGUCACCAGGCCGGCGGCUGUCGUAGCGGUCACUCAACCACCACCCAGGGAAUCGUCGUGGCGUGGUUCGCCGUUCGUGUACCCGUCCGACACCCAAUCGUCGCCAUUGCGAUUCCCCGUGGCCGGGUCGUCGUCGCGUUCAGUAGCAUCUCAGUUCCGGCGGCCGCAGCCGACCAGCACAGCGUCGCCCAUCGGUGACUACUAUUCCGUGCGGCCAGUGGACGUCAACUCGAUCGCGGCCAACGCGGACGGAGGAGACGGCGACGAUGACGCGCGACGACCGUACAGACGRCGCUCGUCGUCGUCCACCGUGGCCACUGUCACGGCGUCCACGGCCGGGGAACAUCAGCCGCUGUACGAGCARCCGUUGAAGCCGCACACGUUCAGGCCCGCGUACCGCAAGGUGGUGGACAUGUCGGCCAGGACGACGCCGGGACCGCUGGCGGAACAGGAGCAGUACGACGGCGUGUCGUUCGUUCGUAACGGUUUCAAGUACUACCUGCCCAGGCACUACCACGAGGAACAGUCGGACGACGCGGGCGACACGCGCGCCGGCAGCUUCGGUUACGUGGACCCGUUCGGCAUCAGGAGGGUGGUGUACUACAACACGGCACCAGGCACCGGGUUCGUGCACCGCAAGAACAACCGUUACGUGGGCCUCGACGCCGAGCCCUACGACCCACGUCCGUCGCAGUGAUCGGGCCACGAGCUCACCGUGCCGCCGACGACGGGUCCUGUCCGAUUAUAUAUGAUCAACUAUUGGUCGUCGCCGYCAGGUUACGUCACGUAAACACGCGUGUACAUAAUAUACAGCAGAACCGUAACAAACCAUAUAACCCCGCUCAGCUGGCCGUCGGAGGGAUUAUGCGCACGCAUGCAGUAAAUAUAUCGUAGUCAUAUCAGAUAUCGUUGCAUCAUGUCAUAAUAUUAUUAUGUCAUAGAUGAUGGCGGAUGUAUUAUGCACAUGUCCAUAAUACAAGAUUAAAGAAUCGUCGUCCGUUUUCCUCCGGUGCAGCCGCUGCAGCGAUGCUAGUAGGUAGGUAGGUAGCUUUAAUGAUUAGUGUUAAUUUUUAUGAUUUUCUGCGAUUCUCUCGUCCCUCUUCUUUUGUCACAUAUAAUUAAUAAUAUUAAUGAUACAAAGGACAUAACUACUAUUAUAGACGUCACACGCAGGGCGUUGUUUUACUAAGUAGGAAAACUCGCAAUUUAUUAGAAUAUUAUUAUAAACUACGCACUCGGAGACAAUGAAAUUGAUGGGCGUGCGUUACGACUGGAGACUUGAUGCGGACCGCACAAUAAAAUACGUCAUAGGUUAUAAUAAUAUUAUGUGUAAUUAUUUUCAAAACAUCGCCAUUAGUGUCGCCGUUCAACGGUGUCGAUAACCAAUAUAGGCUGAGCAUAAACUAUAUAUAGCCACUGCUAUAAUCGCAGUGGAUUAUAAUUAAUUGUUAAUAAUUAUAUUAUAAGUAAGUACGCAGCGUCCAGUGGUGUAUUGAUAAAA